AUGUCUUCAACAAUGAAAGAGUGUCCAGUUUGCCUGGAGGAUUACAAACAACCCAAGUUUCUUAGCUGUCAUCAUACAUUUUGUUUGGAUUGUAUUCGAUCAAUGGCUACUUCAAAUUUGAUUAUAUGCCCAUUAUGUAAAAGGGCAAUGACAUUACCAAAGAAAUUGACUGAUCUUACUACUAACUUCUAUCUAGACAAUACUCCUAGUGAAUUAGUCGUAGGAUGGUACCAAACAACACUAGAGUUCGUGUUCAGAUGGGGUAAAAGACAUCAAAAGCAUUCAGUUCAUGGAGUAACAUUAAAGUUUGAAUUAUCAAAAGGUAAAACAGCAGAGUGUGGUGAAGUGUUAGCCAUUGAUAUUCAACUACCACCAGCAAGGAAAUAUUUUGUGACAUCGUGUAAUAUAGAAUAUGAUAUUACACUUAUUAAUCAGAAGAGUAGAUCUAUUUCUACCAACCAGAAGGGUCAGUUACAGUUAGAAGAUAAAGGUGCCAGAGUUCCGUUGAUUCGAUAUAAAGAUGCUAUGGAUAAACAUAUAGGAUUUAUUAUUAGAGAAACCAUGCACCAGAAUAAUCCAACACCACCAACCAAACAACCAAGGUAUCAGAAUAAUCCAACACAACCAACCAAACAACCAAGGUAUCAGAAUAAUCAAACAUCACAAACGAAACAAUCAAGGCACCAGAAUAAUCCAACACAACCAACCAAACAACCAAGGUAUCAGAAUAAUCAACCACCACCAACCAAACAACCAAGGUAUAAGAAUAUUCCAAUACCACCAACCAAACAACCAAAACACCAGCAUAAUCCACCACCAUCAGCCAAACAACCAAGGUACCAGAAUAAUCCACCACCACCAACUAAACAACCAAAAAAUCUCGUUGAAAACUUUCCAUUAUGUCACAUGAAAGCCUGGACAAUGUUAAGUUUCUGGAUAAAAAUUCAAAAUAACAUGACCAUGAAAAUCUUGAACAAGCCAAACUUAAAGUAG